UUGGUGGGUGGGAACGUGACUUUUAGUAGGGAAGUGAACGGAAAGGAGUGACUCACGAGAUAAAUCGAAAACAAUAUGACGACUUGGAAAGCUGCUGCUGCGAGCGGCAUUAAAAUUGAUACGAGUGACGGAGGUGACGAUUGGGAAACGGAUCCAGACUUUGUUAACGAUGUAACGGAGGAGGAACAACGUUGGGGAUCUAAAACUGUUGAAGGAUCGGGAAGAACUGCCGGAGCCAUUGAUAUCCGUCAGUUGAGAGAUGAAGUGGCUCACGAUGACGCAGAAGUUAAGAAGAAGGAGAUGGAAUCGGGUCCUAAAGCAUCGUUUGGUUACGGGGGAAAAUUUGGUGUCCAAAAAGAUCGAAUGGAUAAAUCUGCAUUGGGACACGAUUACAUCGCAAAAAUAGAAAAACAUACGUCUCAAGUGGAUUCUACAAAGGGAUUUGGUGGAAAAUUUGGCUUACAGAAAGACAGACAGGAUAAAUCUGCUGUUGGAUGGGAUUAUCACGAGAAAACCGAAAAACACACUUCGCAGAAGGAUUAUGUAUCGGGUUUUGGUGGAAAGUAUGGUAUUCAGCAGGACCGUGUGGAUAAGUCGGCAGUUGGUUGGGAUUAUCAUGAGAAAACAGAAAAACAUGAAUCACAGAAAGACUAUGCAAGAGGUUUUGGUGGUAAAUUUGGAGUAGAAACAGAAAAACAAGAUAAAUCUGCAGUUGGAUGGGAAUAUCAUGAGAAAACUGAAAAGCAUUCGUCUCAGAGAGAUUAUUCACGAGGUUUUGGAGGAAAGUAUGGCAUUCAGUCUGACAGAAUAGAUAAAUCAGCCCAUGGAUGGGAAGAAGUAACCAAAACUGAGAAACAUCCUUCCCAAAUGGAUAUGAAAAAAGGAUUUGGAGGAAAAUAUGGUGUAGAAUCUGAUAGGCAAGAUAAAUCAGCUCAUCCAUUUACUGAAUUGGAAAAACCACAGUCAGCUUAUGAGAAGCCACAAAUUACAGGUGGAUCCGAAAAGGCUAGUAGUUUACGAGCUAAAUUUGAAAAUAUGGCUAGAUCAGAAUCUGAUGAAAUCAAAAAGCGUGCAGAAGAAGAGCGUACAAAACGAUUGGCUCAAGAACAACUGGAGAGAGAACAGGAUAAAAAGAGAGAAGAGAAAAGACAGAAUAGUUUAGUAGAACAAAAUCAAGAAGAAUCAAAUCAGCUUCCACCUGUUGAAAAUAAUCAAACUUCUCAGGAACCUAUAAAGAUGCACUCUCCUAAAGAAUCAGAUGUUACAAUGAAUUAUGUUAAUAAUGUCAUUCAAGAACAAGAACAUCAUUAUUCAGUUUCAGAAAAAACUGAAACUAAUAAAGUAGAAACUGUGUUUCAGAAUAAAUCUGAGCUUUAUGAAAAUCAAGAAACAAGUAUUGAACCCUUACAACCACCUGAUGAAGAAAUGUAUCAGCAAUUGGAGGCACCACCUGAUGGAACAGGACUGUCUGCAAUAGCACUGUAUGAUUAUCAGGCUGCAGAUAGUGACGAAAUUACUUUUGAUCCUGAUGAUAUUAUUACAAAUAUUGAGAUGAUUGAUGAAGGCUGGUGGAGAGGUGAAUGCAGAGGACAGAUUGGUUUGUUUCCAGCAAAUUAUGUUCAACUGAUUCAGCAGUGAAUUGCUAGAGUAAGUAUUAUA